AAAGUGGCGCGGAUCCCCUCGCUAACGUCACCUCCGUCGAACUUUUCUUUCCGAGGACAUUUUUCUUUUCUUUUUUUGACCCAACUUUUAUUAUAAAAAAAAUCGCUAUUUUGGAUUAUCUUCAUGAAGGACGUUCUACAAAAAGUGGCAAAGUGCAGCAGGGAUCCUCAUGCUCCUCCUCGUGACUGCUGCCCGGCCUGCUGAGCCUGUCAGUGACCACCCCGUCCGUACCGCCGGGUCGCAGCUGAAGCACGGCUAUUGCAGACGCCUGGCGGUCGUCGGAGGGGCCUCGAGCCCGACCCCCCCCCUCCUUCAGCAGGCGGAGGGGCCUGUCUUGUCGGCAGUUUACAAGAAGAUGAACAAACUGAACUUCCACAACAACACCAUGCAAGACCGCCGAUGCGUUUGUGUCUUGCCCAACGACGACACGCUCAAUGUUAUAGUCAAUGUGAAGACUCUGUGCCAGGAACUCUUGGUCCAGGUCUGCGAUCUCCUGAGGCAAGACUGUCACCUGUUUGGACUCAGUGUUAUUCAAAAUAAUGAGCACAUCUACAUGGAACUGGACCAGAAACUGUCCAAGUACUGUCCUAAAGAAUGGAAGAAAGAAGCCAGCAAGGGAAUCGACCAGUUCGGGCCUCCGAUGAUCAUCCACUUCAGAGCUCAGUAUUACGUGGAGAACGGCAGGUUGAUCAGCGACCGGGCGGCCAGGUACUACUACUACUGGCACUUGAGGAAACAGGUGCUGCUGUCUCAGUGCAUCCAGCGGGAGGAGGCCUACUUCCUGCUGGCGGCCUUCGCGCUGCAGGCCGACCUGGGCAACUUCAAACGGAACAAGCACUUUGGCAAAUACUUUGAACCUGAAACCUACUUCCCGCCCUGGGUGAUAGCCAAGCGCGGCCGGGACUACAUCCUGAGACACAUCCCCAACAUGCACAAAGACCAGUUUGCCCUCACGGCCUCAGAGGCGCACCUGAAGUACAUCAAGGAGUGUGCGCAGCUGGAUGAUGUCACCGUCCACUACUACAGACUCUACAAGGAUAAGAAGGAAGUGGAAGCCUCUCUUACUUUGGGACUGACUUUGCGCGGGAUUCAAAUAUUCCAGAACAUCGGCUCAGUGAGGCAGCUUUUGUACGACUUUCCGUGGACCAACGUGGGAAAACUAGUUUUUGUGGGAAAGAAGUUCGAAAUCCUCCCCGACGGACUUCCCUCGGCCCGGAAGCUGAUGUACUACACGGGCUGCCCGCUGCGCUCUCGCCACCUGCUGCAGCUGCUGAGCAAUAGCCACCGCCUCUACAUGAACCUGCAGCCCGUCCUCAAGCAGGUCCGCCGGCUGGAGGAGCACGAAGAGAAGAAACAGUACCGGGAGUCGUACAUCAGCGACGCCCUGGACCUGGACAUGGACCACCUGGACAAGCGCUCCCGGGCCAGCGGCAGCAGCUCCGGCAGCGUGUCGCACCACAAGCGUCUGUCCCGCCACUCCACCGCCAGCCACGGCAGCUCGCACACCUCCGGCAUCGAGACGGACAGCUUCCGGGUGUCCGGCCAGGCCCCCCGCCGGCCCCCCAGGACUUGCAGCUCGUCCACCACCAGCCACGGGAGCUCGCACACCUCGGGCAUCGAGAGCGGCGGCGGCAAGGAGCGCGUCCUGGACGAUGACGAGAUUGAGAUGCUGGUGGACGACCCCAAAGAUUACGAGGAGCUCGGGGAGAUGUCCUUGGACCAGGAGCUGUGCAUACACAUCACAGAGGACAUGCUGACCAUGGCCCCGCAUCACAACAAUGGAUACUCUGGUCUCGUCGUCAAAGACGUCAGCUCAUCCACUUCCAGCUCCUCCGAGACCGUCGUCAAGAUGAGAGGACAAAGCAUCGAGUCUCUGCCACACACGUCGACGUGCAGGAAGCCUCCGUCCUCCACCGACCGCCACAGCCAGUCGCUGGACGACGUCCGCCUCUACCAGAAGGACUGCCUGCAGUGGGCGGAGCUCUGUCAGGACACCGCCCACAGCUACACCUUCGGCUGCGCCGAGGAGCUGAGCGACGGCGGCGGCGGCGCCCAGCAGGGCCUGGGCGAGCAGUGCGUGGGCAUGCGUGGCGACCAGCACGCCUUCCCCAUCAAGAGGACCAGCAAGUACUUCUCCUUGGACCUCACCAGCGACGAGGCGCCCGAGUUUGUGGUGUGACAGCCUCGUCGCCGCUUGAAAGCCAAAAGACGUCGUCGCCAGGCGACCCAACCAAAGAGCCGCAGGAGAAGGUAUGUCGGACACUCACAGGAAGUGCGGCGUGCCAAGCGGCCCUCGUGCCUUCAUCGCCUACGCCCGCCUUCAUCAUCCCCGCCGCCGUUUUGUACCCGGACCUUUUCCAAGCUGCCUGGCUAUUUUAAACAACAAAAGUCGGCAGUUUUUUUUUAAGUCUACCAUCUGUGUUUGUUGGCACAUUUUAAACAGGGGACAACUCAAGCAGGGGUGUCCAAACUUUUUCCACUCAGAAAAACCUUUGGUGUUUUUCAUUUUCAAAAGGCAAUACCAUAUAAAGCAGGCCUGGGCAAAUAUUUUGACUCGGGGGCCAAAUUUAGGAGAAAAAAUGUGUCUGGGGGCCGGUUUAUCUAUUUUUAACAACACUAAUACAAAACCUCACAAUAAAGUCUAAAUGAAUGCUGAAAAUGUGAUGACAGACCGCCUUAAAAACAAUGGAAUUUUAUUUUUUUCUAUGAACGAUAAAACCCUGAAUAUUGAGAACAAAUGAACGUCAGUCGACAUUUUUUACAAUCAAGCCAAAUGCAACAAACUCAACAAACUAAAACCCCGUUUCCAUAAGAGUUGGGAAAUAGUGUUAGAUGUAAAUAUAAACAGAAUACAAUGAUUUGCAAAUCCUUUUCAAGCCAUAUUCAGUUGAAUAUGCUACAAAGACAACAUAUUUGAUGUUCCAACUCAUAAACUUUUUUGCCAAUAAUAAUUAACUUAGAAUUUCUUGGCUGCAACACGUGACAAAGUAGUUGGGAAAGGGCAUGUUCACCACUGUGUUACAUCACCUUUUCUUUUAACCAAGCUAAUACAAAACCUCACAAUAAAGUCUAAAUGAAUGCUGAAAAUGUGAUGACAGACCACCUUAAAACAGAAUGGAAUUUUAUUCUUUUCUAUGAACGAUAAAACCCUGAAUAUUGAGAACAAAUGAACGUCAGUCGACAUUUUUUACAAUCAAGCCAAAUGCAACAAACUCAACAAACUAAAACCCCGUUUCCAUAUGAGUUGGGAAAUUGUGUUAGAUGUAAAUAUAAACAGAAUACAAUGAUUUGCAAAUCCUUUUCAACCCAUAUUCAGUUGAAUAUGCUACAAAGACAACAUAUUUGAUGUUCAAACUCAUAAACUUUGUUUUUUUUGCAAAUAAUAAUUAACUUAAAAUUUCAUGGCUGCAACACGUGCCAAAGUAGUUGGGAAAGGGCAUGUUCACCACUGUGUUACAUCACCUUUUCUUUUAACCACACUAAUACAAACCCUCACAAUAAAGUCUAAAUGAAUGCUGAAAAUGUUAUGACAGACCGCCUUAAAAACAAUGGAAUUUUAUUUUUUUCUAUGAACGAUAAAACCCUGAAUAUUGAGAACAAAUGAACGUCAGUCGACAUUUUUUACAAUCAAGCCAAAUGCAACAAACUCAGCGAACUACAAACCCUGUUUCCAUAUGAGUUGGGAAAUUGUGUUCGAUGUAAAUAUAAACAGAAUACAAUGAUUUGCAAAUCCUUUUCAACCCAUAUUCAGUUGAAUAUGCUACAAAGACAACAUAUUUGAUGUUCAAACUCAUAAACUUUUUUGCAAAUAAUCAUUAACUUAGAAUUUCUUGGCUGCAACACGUGCCAAAGUAGUUGGGAAAGGGCAUGUUCACCACUGUGUUACAUCACCUUUUCUUUUAACAACACUAAUACAAACCCUCACAAUAAAGUCUAAAUGAAUGCUGAAAAUGUUAUGAAAGCCCGCCUUAAAAACAAUGGAAUUGUAUUCUUUUCUAUGAACGAUAAAACCCUGAAUAUUGAGAACAAAUGAACGUCAGUCGACAUUUUUUACAAUCAAGCCAAAUGCAACAAACUCAACAAACUAAAACCCUGUUUCCAUAUGAGUUGGGAAAUUGUGUUAGAUGUAAAUAUAAACAGAAUACAAUGAUUUGCAAAUCCUUUUCAAGCCAUAUUCAGUUGAAUAUGCUACAAAGACAACAUAUUUGAUGUUCAAACUCACAAACUUUAUUUUUGUUUUGCCAAUAAUAAUUAACUUAGAAUUUCAUGGCUGCAACACGUGCCAAAGUAGUUGGGAAAGGGCAUGUUCACCACUGUGUUACAUCACCUUUUCUUUUAACAACACUCAAUAAACGUUUGGGAACUGAGGAAACUAAUUGUUGAAGCUUUGAAAGUGGAAUUCUUUCCCAUUCUUGUUUUAUGUAGAGCUUCAGUCCUUCAACAGUCCGGGGUCUCCGCUGUCGUAUUUUACGCUUCAUAAUGCACCACACAUUUUCCAUGGGAGACAGGUCUGGACUGCAGGCGGGCCAGGAAAGUACCCGCACCCUUUUUUGAUGAAGCCACACUGUUGUAACACGUGGCUUGGCAUUGUCUUGCUGAAAUAAGCAGGGGCGUCCAUGUAAAAGAUGGCAGCAUAUGUUGUUCCAAAACCUGUAUGUACCUUUCAUCAUUAAUGGUGCCUUCACAGAUGUGUAAGUUACCCAUGCCUUGGGCACUAAUGCACCCCCAUACCAUCACACAUGCUGGCUUUUACACUUUGCGUCGAUAACAGUCUGUCAGGCUUUGCCCUGACAGUUUGUCCAUGUUUUAGUUUUUUCCUCUGCAUUUGUCUUUGUUUCCUCCUGUGUUUAGUAUCUCCUGUCUUUAAGUGCUCUUAUUUUGGUUCAGCUUCCUGUUUGUCUCCCUGUGUGCUGUUGUCACCUCAUCUGUGGCUGAUUGGCACCUGGCCACACCUGGUGUCAAUCAGCCUGCUCCUUUUUAUACCCACUUUGUCUUCCAGUCAGGGCUGGAUCAUUGUCGUUGCCACAUGUCGUGUCAAUGUCAUUUUGUACUUGUCAUUCCUACUGGUCCUGUGAUUGCAGCGUAGCGGUAAGCUAUAUUUGGUCAAUGUUUGUAGCUUACUGUUUUUUUUUGUUCCCUGCUUCCGAUUUGUUUGUUCAUAGCCCUUAGUUUGUUAUAUCCGCCUACGUGCGUGCUUUUUGUUUGUACCCUUUUGGUUUUGGUUUGGUCUUAGUAUUUAAUUAAAUAUGUUUUCGCAUUCCGUGCCUGCCUCCGUCUCUGCAUCUUGGGGUUCGUCACCAAAUAACUCUGACACAGUCUGGAUGGUUCGCUUCCUCGUCGGUCCAAACGACACGAUGUCGAAUAUUUCCAAAAAACAAUUUGAAAUGUGGACUCGUCAGAACACUUUUCCACUUUGCAUCAGUCCAUCUUAGAUGAUCUCGGGCUCAGAGAAGCCGGCGGCGUUUCUGGGUGUUGUUGAUAAAUGGAUUUCGCUCUGCAUAGUAGAGCUUUAACUUGCACUUACAGAUGUAGUGACCAACUUUAUUUAGUGACAGUGGUUUUCUGAAGCGAUCCUGACCCCAUGUGGUGAUAUCCUUUAGAGAUUGAUGUCUGUUUUUGAUACAGUGCCGUCUGAGGGAUGGAAGAUCACGGUCAUUCAAUGUUGGUUUCAUUACGUGGAGUGAUUUCUCCAGGUUCUCUGAACCUUUUGAUGAUAUUAUGGAGCGUGGAUGUUGAAAUCCCUAAAUUUCUUGCAAUGUCACUUUGAGAAAGGUUGUUCUUAAACUGUUUGACUAUUUGCUUACGCAGUUGUGGACGAAGGGGUGUACCUCGCCCCAUCCUUUCUUGUGAAAGAAAGGAGGCUGGCUUUUCAACUUUGCGUCGAUAACAGUCUGGAUGGUUCGCUUCCCCUUUGGUCCGGAUGACACGAUGUCGAAUAUUUCCAAAAAUAAUUUGAAAUGUGGACUCGUCAGACCACAGAACACUUUUCCACUUUGCAUCAGUCCAUCUUAGAUGAUCUCGGGCUCAGAGAAGCCGGCGGCGUUUCCGGGUGUUGUUGAUAAAUGGAUUUCGCUUUGCAUAGUAGAGCUUUAACUUGCACUUACAGAUGUAGCGACCAACUGUAUUUAGUGACAGUGGUUUUCUGAAGUGUUCCUGAGCCCAUUUGGUGAUAUCCUUUAGAGAUUGAUGUCUGUUUUUGAUACAGUGCCGUCUGAGGGAUGGAAGGUCACGGUCAUUCAAUGUUGGUUUCAUUACGUGGAGUGAUUUCUCCAGAUUCUCUGAACCUUUUGAUGAUAUUAUGGAGCGUAGAUGUUGAAAUCCCUAAAUUUCUCGCAAUUGCACUUUGAGAAACGUUGUUCUUAAACUGUUUGACUAUUUGCUCACGCAGUUGUGGACAAAGGGGUGUACCUCGCCCCAUCCUUUCUUGUGAAAGACUGAGCAUUUUUUGGGAAGCUGUUUUUAUAGCCAAUCAUGGCACCCACCUGUUCCCAAUUAGCCUGCACACCUGUGGGAUGUUCCACAUAAGUGUUUGAUGAGCAUUCCUCAACUUUAUCAGUCGUUAUUGCCACCUUUCCCAACUUCUUUGUCACGUGUUGCUGGCAUCAAAUUCUAAAGUUAAUGAUUAUUUGCAACAAAAAAUAAAUGUUUGAGUUUGAACAUCAAAUAUGUUGUCUUUGUAGCAUAUUCAACUGAAUAUGGGUUGAAAAGGAUUUGCAAAUCAUUGUAUUCUGUUUAUAUUUACAUCGAACACAAUUUCCCAACUCAUAUGGAAACGGGGUUUGUAGAAUAUUAGAUUUUGAACACCUCUGAUCCAAAAGUUUCUCUAUUCUUGUACUAUUUUCAGGAUUGGCAGCACAGGCGUUUGACACGUGUGCGCAGUAUUAGCAACUUUUCUUCGUCAGAUGGAACAGUCGGGGUUCGUUCAUCAAACAUUCACAGCUUUAACAAGGUUUUAUUGGUGGUUUCAAUGUCUUCUCCUGGGAAACAGCACAACCACAUUUUUAAAGCAACUUAAAAAUGUUUCAAAAAAAGUCUUCCAAGCUGCAAGAGACAAAAACACCAAAGAAAAAAAGGUUUACUGUGUGGAGUUUAAAAAUAAUCCAUUGCAUCUUUUUUUGUAAUUCUUCAGCUCAGUUUUAAUCAUGCAUGAACUCAUAUUUUCUACAUUGUAAACUCGCAACAUUUUUUUUUUGAAAAAUAAAAAAAUCAACGUCUAUAUUUCUAACAACUUGUUUUUAUCCCCCUUGAAACAAUUAUUUCUCGAUAUUUGAACAAAGAUGUUUCUUGUUUGUGUGUUGAUGGAUGAAGGUACAUAGCCAUAACUACAACAUAUAUCAACUUUGGAAGAGUCUCUCAUGUCUCUGGUCUAUGUCAUCCUUUCUGUGAAAGGAUUCUUCCUUCAGGUAAAAAAAAAUAUAUAAUGUUUUUGUUUUUCAUCAUGUAGCUAAAAAAACUAGAUAUAUGUCAUCAUAAUUAUGAAGUUGGUGCGUGCCUUUUUGGUUCUAACGCCCUCAAUAUUGAAAUAAAAAUGGUACAUUUCAUUUGCCAAAUGUU